GUGGGAAGAAGAGAGUCACAGCCCUGUCUUUUUCGAACUCAGCGCUCCAUCCCAGCUUUGUUUUCUUUUUGAAUUAACAUAACAAGCUAUUUGAGCGAUUCCCAAAAAAUCCACACCUCCAUUUUACGUCCGUCCGUCACCAUGUCCUUCUUAACGAAAUUCACGCAGUCGGUCUUUUCUCAAGUGCGACAGCAAAACUCACCGGUGAUGCUGAACCUUAUGCGCACCUUCAAAGUACGAUCUUCAGUCAAGAAGCUCUGCGACGGAUGUACCACCGUUCGACGACGAGGAAAACUGUUUGUUGUCUGCAGCAAGAACAAGAAGCAUAAGCAACGCCAGGGUUAAAAUGAUCACAUCUAUUUCUUUUUUCCUUUUCCAAUGCAUGCAUGUUUUAAAUCAGAUAGAACGCUUUUCUUUUCCCUUUGGCCUUUUUUUUUUAUUACACU